GCCCAAUUUGUAUUUAAUUUGUCUGGGAUUAUCUCAAUGAAUGGAUUCUUCCUUGCCAAUGCAAAGUGCCAUUAUCGGUACAGUAACCCAACACACAGCCCAACAUUUUCAUUUAAUUAUCUGCGCUGGUAGAUGUUUAUCGUGCGCUUUGCAUAGCCAGGUCACGUGGUAAACUCCUGGCCAAUGACGGCGCAACCUUUCGUGCUCUCGUGCGCGUCAGAGUCAUUUACUCUCCCCCGAAUCAGUAUCUCCUUUUCCUCAGUCUCUGGGCUUUUUUAAAAAGAGCCAGUACCCUUCAAUGUUGGAUGUCGUGCUAUGACAACGUCACUGCUUCUCCGUCCGCGCUGGAUCGACCCGUCGGUGAUGUUCCUCUACGACAACGGCGACGGCUCCGAUGAAGUGAGUAAGAACAUGGAGGGCUUUGCUGGUGGCAACUUUGCGGCGAACCAGUGCAGAAAUCUGAUGGCGCAUCCCCCGUCCCUGGCACCCAGCACCACAUACUUGUCCAGCGACGUGCCCGCCUCUGGUAUGGGGGAGCCGGUGAAGCAGUGCAGUCCGUGCUCGGCGGCCCAGAGCUCUUCCAGCGCCUCGCUGCCCUAUGGAUACUUUGGCAGCAGCUACUAUCCGUGCAGAAUGUCCCAUCACAGCAGCAUGAAGUCGUGCGGUUCGCAACCCCCCUCUGCGUAUGGGGAUAAAUAUAUGGACUCCUCCGCGUCUGCGACUGACGACUAUACGUCUCGGGCAAAGGAAUUCGCUUUCUAUCCCACGUAUCCUUCUGGUCCGUACCAACCUGUUCCGAGCUAUCUGGAUGUGCCCGUGGUGCCCACUAUCAGUGCGCCGUCGGAGGCCAGACACGAGACCCUGUUGCCCAUGGAUAGCUACCAGCCGUGGACUCUCACCGCGAACGGUUGGAAUAGCCAAGUGUACUGCGCCAAAGAGCAGCCACAGGCAGGGCAUAUCUGGAAAUCCUCUAUACCAGACGCGGUGUCCCACGCAGCGGGGGACGCGGGCUCAUACCGACGUGGACGGAAGAAGCGCGUGCCAUACACCAAGGUGCAACUGAAGGAACUGGAGCGAGAGUACGCCGCCAAUAAAUUUAUCACCAAGGAUAAGCGGAGAAGGAUAUCGGCUCAGACUAAUCUCUCCGAGAGACAGGUUACAAUAUGGUUUCAGAACCGACGUGUGAAGGAAAAGAAAGUGGUCAACAAAGUGAAAAUAAUCAGCUAGAUAUUUUUUCUUUUUGGCGGAAUAUAGGCCUGUCCAUUGGAAAUUAAUACAUACGCACGGGCGCGCACGCGUGCGCCCUAACUCCCCUCUCUCUCUCUCACACACACACACACACACACACGCACACGCACGCACACACACACACACACACACACACACACACACACACACACACACACACACACACACACACACACACACACACACACACACACGCGCGCGCACACACACACGCACAAUGAAACAGUCCACAAUUCUGGAUUUAUGGAUUGGGAGGGCUAACUUUUUUCGAUUAUUUGUUUGAUGCACGUGAUUCACCAGAAGUUUUGGAACCCAAUUUCCUUCUAUAAUGCUCGGUUCUCUCUUUUCCUUCGUGUUGUAAAAUAUGUUUGACUGAGUCCGCAUGUGGAAAAAUAUAUGUGACAUUUCUCUCUGAGCUCAGGAAAUCAGACCUCAUGAAGGCUGUCCUAUGCCAUUGAGAUUUUACUUUUCCAAGUUUAACGAGAGUGUUAAAUGCGGAGGUUCACCGGAUUACAUAAAGCAUUUGGACUUUGGUACAUUUGACUAAUAAUAGCGUCCAACGCCUCUCCAAACAAGCCACACGGUUUACUUCCAAGAUUUAUUUUUUCAAAUGGACCCAUGCUUCCGUUCAUAUUCAAUAUAUGGUGCAAUUCUUAUUAUAAUGCAUAGAUAAUCGUCCGGAAUAUGUCUUCAUAUUAAUUAUUGCUUUUAUAAUGUGUGCCUAUUCAUGGUUGUAUAUAACGUAAAUUUCGGCAUGGUUACUAUCUUUGUGUGUUAAAUAUUUCUGUCUUGUCCAUCCAAAUAAAAUAUGGACAGUGAAUUAUAAGGCUAUUAGGCUACACUAUGAGUGGAUUUUUAGGUUACCUCGGGAAGCGUUUAUAUUUAUUAAUGCAGGCCAAUUAUUUCAUUGUUGUCAAACUUCCAAAAUCCGCGGCCUAUUUCUUUGUCAUUAGGUUGGUCUAUGGUUGUUUCAAAUGGUUGUGAUCUAACAAUAGGCCAGUUAAUUGACCUACACAAUCUUUGCACACAAUUAUGUUUUUAAAUGUAGUAUCAUUGACCUGUUGAGCAAUCAAUUAGCUUUGCUUUACACCUACAGAGAUCACAUAGUGUAAAGAGCUGUAGAGCUGUACAGCUAGAGAUGUGUGAGCUUCUACCGCCACCCAGUGGCUAAUCAGGCGUAUUGUGUGUCAUUGAAUUUCUUUCUUUUUUUAUUGAAUUCCAGUAAACGUACCUUGAUAUAACAACUACCAAUGACAAUGAUGAGUACACAUCUCAUUUAUAUUGCUUGUAUAUAAUAUUCUAUAUAAUAAUAUACUCUUGGCUAUGGUGACACGACCCAGAAUACAACUAGUGUGGCCUAUGCGUUGUCUCGGUGUUGAGAGGUUAAAAAGUCGCAAACACGCAACGAUUUGUGUAAAACAACAUUGACGACGACUUUGGAAAUGUUCAUUUACGGACUGUUCGGUAAGACAGUUAUACCGUUUUAGAAUUUUUUUAGAGUAGUCCUACUUCCUAAUAGGCCCACUGGACUCUCAACAUAGCCGACGUGUCGAGGUUAACCUUUUAAGUAGGCUACAGGCCACGGUAUCCUAAACCCUAAACCCUUGAGGUUGUGGACUAUUGUCCUGGUCGAAUGUAUGAGCUUUAUAAACAGGUAAGCCUAUUCGACGUAUGAAAUAGAAAAUCCAGAACGAAUAAAAUAUAUCUGUUCAUGUAGGCUGCAGCAGGGCUCAGUUUGCGUUCAAAAGACGGUCGGGUGUUUCGACGUAUCGCCGCAGAUUUCAGAACCAGGCCUAACAUAUCAGAAUUUAGAAAGACGAGUAUUCAACACUUUGUGUCAUACGUUAUUGUUUUUAUUAUCUAACAAUACAAUUCAUUUAAUUUUUUGAGAUUAUUUAAAGUGUACCCCUUUCAUCCAAGAAGAAAAAACGCUAUUCAGUUCAGUGUAACAUGGGACUACACGAUAUCUACAUCUAUAUCUAUCUAUAUUUUAUCUAUGUAUCAAUAA